CAACAAAGAACUCGUCGAGAUCCAUCAACUCCAACCAACCACACCACCACCCACAACACAAUGUACGGCACGGCGUACAACAGCAGCACGUCGGGCCGCCCGCCCGCCAGCUCGACUCUCAGCUCGCUGCUCGCAAAGGCCAACUCGCUCAACGCAGUCGACCAUGACCCCGAGCUGCCCCAGAUCAGGUUGGGCAUUGACGAGUUGGAGAGGAUGAGUGAGGUGGCGGCGGGCAAGGGAAGGCGGGGUGGCAACGGUGAAGGCUACCAGCUCCUCUCCAACCUCGGCAUCAACACCUCCCAGCUCAGCCACGAGAUCGCUCAGCUCCCCGCCGACGUCUCGGCGUCGACCUCGCGCCCGGCGCGCAAGCGCAAGGCCCAGGCCAGCUCGUCGCGUCUCGCCCCCAUCGGCGACCUCGGCCCCGCGUACGCCGUUGGCGAUGCGGACGUCGGUGCCUGGGGUCGCAACUGGCACGAGAUGGUCAUCCUCAGCGGCAUCGAGGUGCAGAGGCAGAAGACCGUCAAGUCGUUCCAGAAGCAGUUCCAGCAGAAGAUUCUGUCCAACUGGGAGAACGAGAAGACCCGCGUGCUCCAGGAUGAGCUCGGUGUCACCGACGACGAGCUCGCGCGCCUGUCAUCCGGUGCCGCUGGCCCCAGCCGCCUUGGCGAGUCGACGGCCACCGCCCUCAGCAAGAGCCGUCUCGGCGCUUCCACCCGUCGCUUCCCCCUCGCCGAGUCGAUGCUCGGCAAGAGCACUGUCGAGGCGCGUGAGGGCGGCCUCGUCAUGCACAACAAGGCGAUGCAGUACGAGAAGGUCGUGAGCACGCUCAACAAGAAGCGCCUCCGCAAGGAGCCGUAUGAGCUGUGCCAGGCCUUCGAGGCGACGGUCAAGAACGACGCCAAGUUCCCCCUCUUGCCCAAGGCCUACAACAUUCUCGCGCACCUGACUCAGGAGCCGUCGCUCCGGGAUGCGUCGGGGGCCUACAACUCGUCUGCUGCACCGGUCCUCGAGCGGCAGUACGCUCAGGCGUACUACGCCGACAGCAGCGCGAACUCGCACUCGCUGCUCGCUGGUCGUCUCGCCAUGGGCGCUCGCCAGUCCCUGGAACACGACUUUGAACUCUACAUUGACGACAAGAUCUCCAAGAACCCCAAGGAGGCGGCGCUUGGCGGCGUGCCCGGCAUCACCAACAAGGUCCGCGCCUUUGUCGACGUGACCCUUCGACCCCAGGAGGCCCAGGACGCGUACCGCCCCGAGACGGUCGGUGGAAUCAAGCUCUGGGCGCAGGUCUACUACCUGCUCCGCUGUGGCUACACAGACGAGGCCGCCCAAUUAGUCGAGACGCACCACGGCUCGGUCAAGAAGGAUGACUGGUCUUUCACCGCUUGCUUCAAGGCGUACCUCUCGUCGCCUGACAGGCGCCUGCCCAAGAAUCUCCGUGACCAGCUGUACAACGACUUCAACGGCCACAUCAGGAGUAACGCCAACGUGGACCAGUUCAAGUUUGCGCUCUACAAGAUUGUGGGCCGUUUCGACAUGAACCGCAAGACGGCUAAGGUCGCCGCCACCACCGAGGACUGGGUCUGGCUCCAGCUCAUGCUUACUCGCGAAAACAAGGACGGCGACGCGCCGCAGGAGCAGUACGACCUUGCCGACGUGGCCAAGCAGGUCCUCAGCUACGGCUCGGACAGGUUUGAUGACAAGGGCAGGAGACCGUUCACAUGGUUCAACCUUCUGCUCUACACGGGCCAGUUUGAGCGUGCUGUGGCGUACCUGUACUCGAAGAAGGAGCUCAAGACGGACGCCGUGCACAUUGCUAUCGCAUUGCAGUACUACGGUCUGCUCCGUGCGCCAUCGACCACCACUGACGCCGACAUCUUGACCGUUGACGAGGGCUCCGACACGGCCUACCUCAACUUUGGCCGCCUCAUCGAGCUCUACAUCGGCCCCUUCCACCGCAUCGAGCCCCAGGCAGCUCUGCAGUACGCUUACCUCGUCGCCCUCGCCUCGGACGCCCCCGCGCCGACUGGCGAGAACCAGCGGCAGCUUGCCCUUGCGCUGGUUCGCGACAUUGUCAUCACCUCGCGCAGCUGGUCAAAGCUCCUCGGCAGUGUGCGCGCCGACGGCUCGAAGGAGACCGGUGUUAUCGAGCGCGAUCUCGACCUGCUUCACCUCAGCGAUGAACAGGACUACCUCCAGUCGGUUGUCCUCGCUGCGGCCGACCAGGCGUCGGCCGAUGCCUCGCUCGCCGACUCGGUCGAGCUCUACCACCUCGCCGGCGCGUACGACAAGGUCGUCGAGACUGUCAACCGCGCUCUUGGCCACAGCCUGGGCCAGGCUUCCGGCGCGCCAUUCACCGGCGCCCAGACCCCCGCAUCCGUUGGCCUCUCGGGCGCGUUUGGUGGCGCGACCGACCUCGAGUCUCUCGCGUCCCGCGUGCACGACGUCUACAUCAACGACUUCCCCAAGCGCACGCGCAUCAACCAGCGCAACUGGGACACGCUCGAGGUGCUCCUCAAGCUCAAGCUCGCGCUGUCUCAGUAUGCUGCUGACCGACCCGACCUCGCGCUCGAGACGUUCCGCUCGACUGGUCUCCUGCCGCUUGACAACGACACGACGCAGAUCGCGCGCUACGCCCAGCGCUUCCGCGAGGUCCUCGACCAGCCUGUCGUCUCCAACCUUGACGACGUGAUCAUCACCACGAUGAAGUGUCUGCACCGCCUGAGCCAGCAGCUCAAGGACUCGCCCUACGGCGACCACGGCCGCAUGCAGCAGCUGUCGGCAUACAAGCACCAGGCGCAGUGCCUCAUCCAGUUUGCCAGCACGCUGCGACUGCGUCUUGGCCCCGACGUUUACCGCCAGCUGUCGUCGAUGAGCGCGUUCUUCUGAGCGGGCAACCAACUUCUUCUAGCACGUAGCCAUCAUGUAGAGUAAUAUGUCACUGCACUCGAGUC